AAUUUAGUCAAAUCAUCAUCCAUCAUCUCAACUUCAUCCCCCAUCUCAACACUCUGUCAUCAUCACCCUCAACAACAACCAACAAAAACCAACAACAACAACCAACAACAACAACAUAAAAACAACAUAAAAACAGCAACAACAACAUGUCUAACUCCAACUCAGAUAAACCACUGAUCGAUUCACCAACGAUGGCAGAAUACAACCACAUCAUCAAGAACUCAAGAACCAACUCAAACCAACAACAACAACAACAGCAACAACGAAAACCAACUAACCUACAACUACAACCAUCCACAUCAAACUCAACCCCACUCAGCCCUUAUCAACCGACAGAUCGAUCCUAGUAGGACUAGCAGAACUCACAUACCCAAGAUGGACUAACAGAUCAAACCAAACAACUACAACAACCACCACAAUCUACCAAUAUCACCACUCGACAAUCACGAAAUUAACUGGGGAGAGGAACAUCCUCAAGGGCUACACGGUAGGAGCAUACCUCCUCAACCAGCGAUCCACUUCAAACCACCACCAACAACGAUCAUAACCCAGCCGAGCUGGCCAACCCUCUCACCAGCCCAACCCUCAAUCACAUCCAACAUCUCUCCCGUCUGCGCGUCCUCAACCCAAACAACGAACAACAGCAACAACAACAACCAUCAUCAUCUGCCUCACCCUGCUCAUCAUCCUCCCCAGCCUCAUCCCAUGAACUCAACCAACCCAACAGAUCUUCCAGAAAACUCUCAGUGAUGAAAUCAAUCGAAUCCCUCAAGGACUUCAAAUCCUCUAUGAAUAUAUUCAAAGGCGCCGCUGGGAAAAAGCAACACGAUCGAAUGCCGAGCGAGUCUUCAUGCCCUCAAUCCAAUCAGCCUCAUCAUGAUCCAGACAAACACCCUCGUCAUCAACCCAGCAAACCCGAGCCUAUCCAUCAUCAUCAACAACAACAACAACAUCAUCAUCAUCAUCAUCAUCAUCACACUCAAAGUAACAUCGCCAGUUCCAACAAACCUACCCAAUCUAACCCACUCUCAUCCUUCUCACAUCACUCCUCACCCUCAACGAUCGCCCAUUCCAUUCUGAGAUCCGCUUCGUCUGGCUUGGUUUCUACGGACCUAGAAGACAUGGAUAUCCAACAGGUGGCCGCCCAGAACGAUGACACAGCCGAAGCCUUACGCAAGCUCGACGGUCUAUCAUCACCACGAGCCACCAGGCACUCUCUCAAAGACCCUAAUCUAUCAAAUCCCCACCACAACCGUCCUACUUCUACCGGCCCUCGUCGUCGUUCCAUCACCAGCCGUUCCAACUCUCGUCCCAGCUCACCAUCAGCCGCGAGUGUCAAGGAUCGAAGUGCCCCCAAGGAUCGAUCAAAACUCACCCAAGAUCCACCUUCUACAACCUCCCUCAAGAAAACACGUACUCGGAGUAUCGCCAGUAGCAAGGACUCGCCAGUCACCUUCACCGACGAUUCCUACGUCCUUCAGUCAGAUCAUCCUAUCUCACCCUCCAUCCAACGUUCAACUUUCCAAUCCUCAAACACGGCUACCACCACCACCGCCGCCACCACUCAUUCUCCCUCCCAUCUCGCUCACCACCAAUCACUCACUUCUGCUCAUCAUCCCACUAAAACCGUCGAUGGGCUAUCAUCAGCUUCGAGUAGUCCUCGUCAAGUUUUUCACUCGAUUGCUCCCAAAGGACCACAUACCAAACCCACCACCCAAGCUGAAUUGGACGGCAACAGCUCCUCUCCGAAGAUCGCUCUCUCAUCGGCCAGCUCUCCUGCCAUCCAAUCUAACUGGAAACGCGGUUCGUCAUCCUCGACUAGCUAUACUACAGGUGCUACCACCACCACCGCCGAGUCAAGAGAGAGCACCCUUGCUACCUCAGUCUCUUCCCCGUCUUUCCCCCCUCAUCAUCACCAACAACAACAUCAUCAUCGUCACUCGCAGUCUAACACUACUGUCCCCAGUCGCUCCUCUCCCACCAAGAGUCGUAGCAGUGUUGGAAGCGAAGCUAGUUCGGUUUAUAGCAACAAUUGUCCUGGAGCCGACACAGGCCGUCAUUUGGAACGUUCCAAUUCAUCCAAUCUCACCACCGAUACUGGCGAGAAGAUUAGCAGCAUCCCACCCGUGCCACCUCUACCCAAAGAUUAUGAAACCUUCAAGGCCCAACCUCAAAGCCGGCGUCCAUCUCAUUCAUCAAUCCAACUGACAAACAACACGCGAACUAACAACCCUCAAACAGACUCUCUUCAUCUUCCCCAUAAACUCUUACCCCCCGAAGGAGCUUCACACGAUCAGCGCGAACCAUUCAGUCCCUCCGUUGCUACCAUCGACUCACAACUCUCAGUCAACACUCCUUCGAGUGGCGCUUCAGCCACCUCAAGAUUUCUACACUCACUCACCUCUCAGAAGAGUCCGGAGGAUCACAUUGGCUCGAACCUACCCAGCUCACACCCCUCCAAUCUGAAGCAGAAUAAGAAAUGGAGCCUAUCUGCCGCCUUGGGAAUGAACAAAACCGGACACUCGAGUAGAGAUAGUGUCCAUGACGAUCAUCAUCCGAUCGCUCACCCAGUCCUCUCGCCUGCCAAUUCUCACCACCAACUCUGUGAAUCCAGAGAAGCCGUAGGCGGUUUAGCAACUCACACGAAGCGCGGUUCAUGGCUUACUGGAACUCAUCACCCUGCCCCUGAAUCUCUACAUUCAAGCGCUCACAACCAAUCAAAUCGCCCCGAGUCAUCCUUUCACCCCUCCGGCCAGACCGACGCAAGUCGAAAUCGUAAGGAGAGUGGUAGUAGUAUUCUGACCACUGAUACUACUACUACUACCGCUGGUUUCGCUGUACCAGCACUCAAACCAUCUAUUGGCAGUGGCCUCAGCUCCCGUCGCACGCCAUCUGGCAUUCCCUUCUUCUCGCGCAAGACGUCUGGGAACCAGUCGGUCAAUCUCUCCGACAAAUCAACCACCAAUCUGACAGAAUCGACCAUCAGUCACGAUAGCUCGAAUGGUGGAUUGAAGAACAACAAGGCGACCAAAGCACUUGAGAAGACUCAAAAUGAGGGCGAAGUUCAGGGUCGGAGAUCGAUGAUGUCAUUGAACGUAUUCAUCAGGAAUAGCGUCCAUCGGCGACCCACCCUAUCGAGCUCAAAGAUUUCUCCAUCAUCUGUUUCUCAUCCAAUCUCCUCUCCAAACGAGACCGCCGUCGGCUCGAAAUCUGUCUCCAGCCGACAUUCAUUAAAAUCCAUGCCGGCCAAGUCCUCACCAAUUAGGGAAACUCAUGCCCCCCAAAGCGCCCCCAAGAAGCUCUCGAUCAGUAUUCUCAACGGUGUCAAUAGCGAGACCCCCGAGUCUCAUCUCAACGAAGCCACUUCACCAAAGAAAUCCACUCUAGGCUCGAAGGCCUCAAACCUGAUUGGUAGGAUAAGGGGAAAAGAGAAAGUCGCAGUACCACCACCACUACCACCUUUACAAAUGUCGGCCAUUCAUUCCACUACCACCAACCGAGUUGCCUCGAUUACCUCUCCCAACAAUAGCUUCUCAUCGACAGCCUCGAAGCGGCGUAGUAUUGAUUAUCCUACAUCCUCCUCUUUGUCCUCCCGAGCCCCGAGAGUACGUACCCUGAAAGAGUCCACGUCCUCUCUCAGAAAAGGACUACCGACGAUCGAUGCCUCGCCAUUGAGGAUGGAGGAGGAGCUAAGUGACGACGGAUCGAAAUCAGUGAUCAACCAGCAGACUGCACCAGUCCGACAGCAAGUUAGUAAAGAGAAUAUCAAUGAUCGCCAUGAUCAUCCGAUUGAGAAGCCACCCGUUUCUCCCAAUUCUUAUCGACCUCAAUCUAAUGCUUCCAUUUCUUUGACUCCUACCAAAAUUCCUCGCGCCGUCUUUCGCCCUCAGAAAAAUGCAAUGAGUCCUGCGCCGAAGAUUCAAUCUGACGAUUAUUAUCAAGCUUCGAAUACCGAUUCCUUGGGGAGUCCCAAACGCAGAGAACAGGUCCCGGCGUCUAAUUCAGAGAAUCAAGAGCAUUCCAAUGAUUUUGGUGUCUUGACUGGUCAUCAACCGGUCACUCUCAACAGCAAACGCGCCUCGGGGAUCCAAGGAUCUUUAAUACCCAGAUCACGCUCGGGAGCAUCAAAUGCAAGUAAAACGCUCAACCGACUAUCCAAUAACGAUCUGAAGGCCGAAUCGAACUCUUCACCAACCAAACCAUCGAUGAUGAGUCAAGCAAAUACUCAUAAUAAUGAGCCCGAUUCAGCAAAUGAAGAUUUUGCGAAUGCUCAACAGGAUACAUCAGCUGCAGCCAGGCUAGCCGCCGCAAGGAGAACGGUGGCCAAGUCACAAGAAGUACAGGCGGCCAGGGCAGCCUCGAGAAGACUCUCGACGACUCAUGCCUCAGUACUCGGAGAUCAAUCGACCGUUUCAGAGUUUGGGACAUCGGCCUCCAGCGGGGUGGUGCCCUCCUCCCGUUCUUCAAGAACGAUUGCUAGCAAGCUCACCAUCCCAUCGCGAAUGUCUCGCUCGUCUACGACCCCUUCGAUGCUCAGUGCUUCCGAAGCCGUCGGACAUAGUUCGCGCUCCUCACCGGGACACGGUCUCAGGGUACGAACGACGGAUUCGAAGGGGAACAUGAGUCCGACGAUUGGCGAGGAGGAAACCAAGGGAGAUGAAGAGAUGGCCCAAUAUGUGGCUCGACAGCGGAGCAAGAAGUUGAUGAGCGGGAUGACCCCAGCCGAAGUUGCCAAACUGUUCGAAUUCCCCAAGCCGAACGAGCCUACCCAACCGAUGACGACCCAAGAGGCCUUAAGGUUAUAUAAGAACUAUCUCUCGGACUACGAGAAAGGCGAGAUCUUAGGCUAUGAGAAGAUAUAUUACGUCGGCUCGGAGAGUGCCAAGAAGAUGGCCAGCGAGGACAAGCCAGCGCAGAACUACGGCUACGACGACGAGCGCGGUGACUACCAGAUCGUCAAGAACGACCAUCUCAUCUACCGCUACGAGAUCGUCGACGUCCUCGGCAAAGGCUCCUUCGGACAGGUCUUGCAGUGUCGAGAUCAUCGUACUGGCGAAAUGGUUGCCAUCAAAAUCAUUCGUAAUAAACGCAGAUUUCAUCAUCAAGCCUUGGUUGAAAUCAGAGUGCUUGAGAACUUAUUAAGCUGGGACCCAGAAGAUAAACAUUGCGUAUUGAAGAUGACCGAUCACUUCACGUUCCGAGGCCACUUAUGCAUUGUGAACGAGUUGUUGAGCAUCAAUCUCUACGAGCUCAUCCGGAAUAAUUCCUUCAACGGCUUCUCGACUACCCUCAUCCGUCGCUUCACCAUCCAGAUCCUCACCUCUCUCUCCCUACUUAGACACCAUCGUGUCGUCCAUUGUGAUCUCAAACCAGAGAAUAUUCUGCUCAAACAUCCUCAGAAAUCGGCUAUCAAAACUAUCGACUUUGGUUCCUCUUGUUUCGAGAAUGAGAAAGUUUAUACUUAUAUUCAGAGUCGUUUUUAUCGCUCUCCUGAUCCUGGAGAGACAGAAUCAGAGCAGUUGGCAUGUAUAAUGGAAGUCUUGGGGAUGCCGGAUAAAUAUCUAGUCGACCGAAGUUCGCGACGGAAGUUAUUUUUUGACUCGACUGGCACGCCGCGGCCGGUGGUGAACUCGAAGGGGCGCCGUCGCCGUGUGGGCUCGAAGACGUUGCAGUCGGUGCUCAAGACGGAUGACGAGUUGUUUGUGGACUUUAUUGCCAAGUGUCUGGCGUGGGACCCGGAACGGCGGCUGAAGCCGGACCCGGCGAUGCGCCAUCCUUGGAUCCUUGCCGGCCGGGCUCGGCCCGCGGUCGCCCAGCUCUCGGCGAGUAUCAGUAACCUCCAGCAGCAACAACAACAACAACAUACUAGUGGUAGCUUGACCUCGUCCAGCUCGGUCAACUCCUCGUCUGCCAGACUCGCCCAUGGAAGAUUCAACUCCGGCUCCGGCUCCAUCCACAUCUCUUCGCCCCGUCGCAAACAAGUCCAUCUGGCCUCCUCGACCAGCUCUUCUGCUCACACCGGCUCGAACGGACCUUCUGCUCCUACAAUCUCCCAGCUCCCUCACCUCUCUGCUGCCAACUCUGGAUCAAGCUCUAGUACUACUACGACGACGACUACUAUCGGGCCGGGUAGAAAUAGUGUAGGAUAUCGGAACAGGACGCAAUCUUCAUCAACCAGACAAUCGCUUAAAACUCUCCACAGCCAUCAACAAAAUCAUCAUCAUCAUCAUCAGCCUUCUUCCUCAAUCAUCCAUCCAUCCUCCUCUGCUUCCUCCUCUACUACUACGACCACCUCUUCGAAUCAUCAUCUUAAUCUUACCGGGAAUGGAAAACUUAAUCCUGCUGCUUCUUCGUCUAAUAGUAGUAGUACUACUACUACUGCUGCUGCUGCUGCUUUGAAUUCGAAUUCGAAUUCGAAUUCAAACUCCAGCUCUAGCUCUGCUCGCGUCGGCCAUCCUCAUUCAUUGGCCCGUCAAUCUUUACCCGUCAGAGCUGGACCUUGAUCCUCUUUUUUUUCUCUCCUCUCUUACAAUCUCUUUCUCUCUCUCUUUUAUGUGUGUGUGUGUGUGGCUGUCUUGGUUAUUUGUGGUUUCAUUUAUCUUUCUCUUUCUCUGUUCCCCCCCCCCCAUCUCUUUGUCUCUGUUAGUGUUAGUGACAGUCAAUUGAUUUCAAUCAUUUUUUUUUUUGUUUUUGAAUCUCUCUCUUUCUCUUUCUCACUGUUUCUUACGCCUCCAAAGACCCAUCGAUUUAAUUUAUUUUAUUUAUACGACCCCGUUCGAGUUCUUUCUUCACCAUCAUCAUCAUCUUCUUCUUAAUCAUCAGAGAUAGUUGCUUCCUUUCUGAGAGCGCCAUUUCGUAUGACCUAUAACUAUAACUCUAUACACAUAUACUUUUCUCUCUCUCUCUCGUUUCAGUCGGCCAGUUAUUUAUCUAUAUUUAUCGUACACUCAUCCGCUCACUCGUCUCUUUUACAUCCAUAUCUAUCCCUCCAUAUUCGAGCCAGUCUGUCCUUUUUUCUUCUUAUCAUCUACUUCUUACAUGAUUAUAUAGACUUUGUUUUGUUUUGGUAUUGGUUUGGUUUUUGGAGUUUGAAGUUUGGAGUUGGGAGUUUGGAGGUUGGAGUUUGGAGG